AUGACUGCCCUAGUGAAGCUUUUUUUCUCAAGCACAUGAGCAAGCACAUACCUCAAGAUUUGUCUCCAUGCACAUGAAUUUCUUACUCAUGCAAAACGCUUGAGGUAUGUGCUUGACUUUCUUGUCUCAUGCGC